AUGGCUCCCCGCGCUGCUCCUGCUGCUCCUGCUGGUGCUGGUAAGCCUACUCGAGGCUGGGAUGCGACCUCGCACGAGGAUCUACUCCUCGCUCUUCUCGAAGAGAUCAAGCCCAACAAGGCUGACCUUACCAACGUCGCCGCGAAGAUGCGCAGCAAGGGCUACUCCUACUCCUACGACGCGAUCAACCAGCACGUCCAGAAGUUGCGCAAGAACCGCGACACCACCGCCAUCCAGAACUCUGGUGGCUCCGAGAAUGGUACUCCUCGCAAGCGCGCUGCUGGCGGUACCAAAACGCCUGCUAAGCGUACCCCCUCCAAGCGCAAGGCCACUAAGUCUGCUUCCGUCGUCGACGAGGACGAGGAUCUGGAGGAUGAGAAGAUGCAGCUGAAGAUGGAGACGGACGACGUGGAGGAGGAACUCAUGUCCCCCAAGGGCGCUAAGCGUACUAAGUCCGAGCCCGAGGACGAGGUCACCGUUGGUGAGAUCUAG